GAGCGUAACAGCGGAAUUUAUUGCGUGUUAUAAGAGGCACGAGUGUCUGUGGAAUCCUAGAAAUCCGUGCUACAAUGAUAAAAUGACUAAAAUACAGGCUUUGCAGAAGUUGAAACUGAUUCUACAGAAAACACAUCCGGAUGCCAAUAAGGACACCGUUUCGAAGAAGAUCAACUCACUGAGAACGAAUUUCAAGGCGGAGUACAAGAAGAUGCGAAUGCUUCUGGCCUCGGAUGACGAGACAACUCAUUACGCUCCCAGAAGUCCGCACUUUCACAGUCUCAUGUUUCUGGCCAAUGCCGACAGGAAGAUUUCUCCAAAAGGCGGGAGAAUCUCAUUCGUCACGAUGAGUCCGAUUCGAGAUGCAGAAGAUGCAACUUCAAAGAUUGACGAUUCGCUUGAAAACGCAGAAGGAGAUACAGAAGACUUUCCAGAGAAUUGCAACAGUGAGGUAGUGAAGAAGGAGCAAGCGAGGAAGAGGAAGUUAUCUGACGACAUCAGUUCUGAUGUCUUUGAUGACACCGCGAAGACAAUGGACGAGUGUGAAGCAUUUGGACGAUAUGUUGGAAUGCAAAUGCGAGUUCUGGACUUCGAACAAAGAAUCUUCCUUAAGAGAUUAAUCAGUGAAGGAAUUUUCCGAGGAGAAAUGCGACUCUUGAGUGCCAAUACUAAAUUGAGCGAAUAA